AUGGCACAGGCGAGGAUCCGAAGUGUCGUGUCUGGUAGCAUGUUGGCUGUGUUAUUAUCCCGGAGAAGCAUACGGGAGGAAAUUCACCGCUUCCUGAUUCAUUUUACUGUGAAAUAUGCCGACUUACCCGAGCUGAUCCGUAAGACUCUCAAGAACUUUCUAUUUUCGCAGUCACUGCGUGAUGGAAGCAAACGGGUUGCAAAAAUAGAAGUGCAAGGAGAACGGCUCAAGGAGACUCAAAACAUUAACAAUUCACUAUCUGCUCUUGGUGAUGUCAUAUUCGCUCUUGCCAACAAAAGCUCUCAUAUUCCUUUCAGAAAUUCAAAGCUCACGCACUUACUUCAGGAUUCUCUAGGUACUUAA